GGCGUGGUGAAAAAAUCAUUGUGUCAAAUUUGCACACAAAAGAAACACACAGGAAAAUGCGUUUUCUGUGAAUAAUGUGAAUUUAAAUGUGCUAAAAAGUUGUGCUAGACCCAAGAAAAGUUGUGUUUACUGUGAAAUAUGGUUGAACCAAUAUUCCAAUAUCAGUUUAGAUUUAUAUUAAUUGGCGAUAGUACCGUGGGAAAAUCGUCAUUGCUGAAAUUUUUUACAGACGGGCGCUUUGCCGAGCUCUCGGAUCCCACAGUGGGUGUGGAUUUCUUUGCGCGUCUAAUUGAGGUGCAGGAUGGUACCAAAAUUAAACUGCAACUCUGGGAUACAGCUGGUCAGGAGAGAUUUCGCUCAAUUACAAAGUCCUACUACAGGAAUUCCGUGGGUGUACUGUUAGUGUAUGACAUCACAAAUCAUGCCAGUUUUGAACACUUGCCACUGUGGAUGAUGGAGGCGAAGCGUCACAUAGAGCCCCAUCGACCGGUGUUUGCCCUGGUGGGCUGCAAACUGGAUCUAGUCAAUAGUGGUGGCCGACGUGAGGUCAGCAUUCAGGAAGCCAAGUCCUUUGCCAAGCAACAUGGCCUGGGUGGCUUUGUAGAGACUAGUGCUAGGACUGGAGUCAAUGUUCUCGAGGCCUUCAGUAUGGUGACCCAGGAGGUGUACAAUCGCAUUCAGACUGGUGAGUACACAGUGGAAGAUGGCUGGGAUGGCAUUAAGACGGGCUUUGCCAAGACCAACAGCCUCGAUUUCAAUCUCGUGAUGGGAGAACCGGCCAAGAGUUCAUGCUGUUGACUUGGAAAGGAUUGUAAUAACUUUGCUAUAUACAUUUUUAGAUGUAAAAUUUUAUGCUAAAUACAACCCCCUAUAUCUCACAAAGUUCAUUAACCAAAUCAAAUAAGUAUACACAAAACAAAAACCGAACAACGUAGUGAGAUUAUCAACGAAUAUUAGUGGAAACAUCCCCUGUCCCAGGAUAUCCAUAUACAUUUUAUUUUUCUGUAAAUAAAUUCUACGGCAUUCUCUUUUAAUUUGUAAAACGAUUUUUGUUGUAGAGAUUUUGUUGUUUUUAUUAAAAUUAAAAAAAGGAACUAAUCAUUUUUUUUCUUUUUAUUUUUAAUUUUUUUAAUUUUAUGUUACCUAACACAUUUCUAUAAUAUUUUUCAUCACAUGCAAGGAAAACUGACUCUCCUCUCUUCUCGUUGGAAUAAAAAAGCCAACAAAUACUCUUCACUUCAUUUUUUUUAAAAAAGUUCAUCCAUCGCGCCUCAAUUAUCUCUGCUCGAGCAGAAAAUGAGAUUUACCCAGAAAAUGGGACGAAAUCACAGGGUGAUGCAAUGUCUAUCGAUCAGGUUUUCCAUUUGGAAAUGAGAAUAUUUAUAAAAAUUAGGUUAUGAUGGAUUUAACCUAAAAAACAGGUAAGCAGAAUUUCCCAUUUUUAUAUAUUUUUAAAUACGAUUUUUGUUGAAAAUUUUAAUCUAGAAUGCUGUGAGUUAUUUUGCUAAUCAUAGCAUGCUUUGAUUUUUUUGUGCUUUAGAAUAACAUAACCUCAAAUUAAAGAAAGAAUGAAAAUAACCUUUAAAUUUGAUUUAAAUUUUAGGCUACAAAAUAUCCAUUAGAAAUCAUUCAAAAUAAUUUUUGUAGUCUGAACUGAAUUAACAAAAUUGCAGUGCUAAAAAAUGCCAUGUAAAUAUGUUCCGAUGUUUAGGUUAGGUUUAACGCCUCCAAAACUCGUGGACGAAUUAUACAAAUGAAUUUAACGGCGGUAUCACACUUGCACAUUAAAAUUUUAAUGUGAUUCACAUUAAUUGUCGCUUGUAAGCGUCCAAAUAUGUUAUUUGUGUCUUUGAGUCACUUAAUAUUUGGGUUUUUUCUAUUUAUUGAUAAAGAAGUGGACUUGGCCUGCAGAAAAAGUUUAAAUUUACCUAAAGCAUAAAUAUUUUUCGCAUUAAAAAAUUAAAGAGAAAAUCGCAUUAAUUUUUUGCAUUAAUGCUAUAAAUCAAUUUAUAUCAAAUUUUGCGGGCCAAGUCUACCUUUUUAUCAACAAAUAGAUCAAAUUUUGAAUAUAAAAUGAUUCAAACACACAAAUUACACAUUUGGACUCUCACCAGCGACAAUUAGAGUAAAAGGAAUAUCUCCGAUCGCACUUGGCAGGUUGACUUUUUUAUAUGGAGCUAUUUGAAGCCAAUUCCCUAAAUUGAUCUCGGACUCAGACUCCGAGGAAAAAAUGUAUUUAAAGAAAAAGGACAAUGGGCAAAAGUGGUCUAUGGUGCGACUACCAAUGAGACAUAUAUCAUGGAAUAGGCCAUGGAAUAGGUAACAACUUUUGUUCCGGGACCAAAGUUCUAAACCAUGGGGGAAAAGUUCUAGAGCAAAAAAAGGUUUUCGUAGAAGAAAAAUAAUCUCUUAUACGAAAUGUGCGCAUUUAUACUGUCUUUUUUAAGGAAAUACAUAAACUGCAACAUAAAAUGUAUUAAAUGACUCGAAAUAGACAGAAGAGCAUACGUUUUUACAAUGCAUAACAUGCGUAGGAGGACAUUGAAAUAUAAGGAGGUAAAGUCAAAACUUGAUACCUUAUAUCACAGAGAUUUAUUAAGCGAAUUUAAUCAAUGAAUACUCAAUCGAAAGAUCUCGAAAAAUCCUAUAAAAUGGCAUUAGGGUAGAGUAAGCCCUUUUCGCCACCUUAAGGUUUUGUACCCUUGUAAUUCUUACAAUUUUUGUCGAAAUAAAAAGAAAUUUUCUGUACAAGUGCUUUGAAGCAUUGUCUCUCUAAUGAACCAGGAGACUCUCCGGGAAUUUUUGGGCAUCUAGUUGAAAAAAUACAUUUCCUGCAACAAUGCAUGUUUCAGUACUUUUCGCCACCUUGUAAACACUUUUUCGCCACUGUGUAAGCACUUUUUCGCCACUUGUUUUUAAUUGAUUUUUAAGAAACAGCAGCUUUCGAAAACCCGCAAAAGUACAUUGCACAGUACUUUUCUUAUUUAACACCUAUAUUAGACAAUUAUUAGAGUAUUUCGAAUGAUUUUUUGCACAUUUUUUGUUUGCGACAAAAAUCAAUUGACAAUUACGUCUGUUUCAACUAAAUUCCGCGAGGUGCGCCACUUGUAAAAUGCUUGGAAAAAUGAGUGGCGAAAAGUACUUACACAGCCGAAAAAAGUAAGCCCUAUUUCACCACAUCCGUAUUUCUUUAUUUUUUUGGAAAACAUUAUUAAAUAAUGAUAUUAGAGCGAAGCUUAGUUAAUAACAAAGUGACUUUCAGUGAAAAAAUAUCAAAUACUGUACUGCAAAAACAUAAAAUAUUGCAAGACAAUUUGUCUGAGCGUUGACAAGUUUAUUAAGAACUCCAUAUUUUUUUGGUGACUGUUCACCUUGUCGACAAUUUCUUCAAUUAACUUGCAAAUAAUCUAGUCGGUGGAGCACCAGUUAUGGUGUUGUGAUCCGUUGGACUAGAGAUUACGAAGUAAUAGUCAUUUCGUAGUUCCAUGAGCUCAUAAUUCCCUGAAAAAGUGAUUUUAUUUGUAGGUGGCGAAAAAGUGCUUACUGGCGAAAAAGUACUGACUCUACCCUAUAAGUUUGCAAGUCGACAACAAGGGACGCUCCAUGUUAUCAAAGUUUUCGAUUAAUAAGAAAUGUGUUAAGUUUCGAAACUAUUCACCCGAUUAUAAUGAUCUUAUAAUAUGUAUGUCUCAUACUUUUAUAAAAUGAGAUAUGACCUUAUUGUAUUCAUCGAUUUCAGUAGAAUCAUUACAUAUUUUGAUUUAUUUUUCUAAUUGUGAUUUAUUUAUUUAUUUUCUUUUGAAAUCGUAGUCAGAUUUUAUAAGGCUGAAUAACCUUCCAUAAACCUUGUUCCCAUGCCGAGUUUCAGCUUUCUACCUUUUCUCAGAGAGGAGUUAUAGUGGAAAAAGUCUUCAUUUUCUUUGGGGGCUGAUGGAAGGAGUGGUAGGGGAAAACGUAUGUAUGCACGGUUAAAGAGCCUUCCAUUACCCUUGAUCCUAUGCCAUGUUCCUGAUUUCUCCUUCUAUUUACAGAGGAGUUAUAGUGGAAAAUGUCCACAUUUUGUAUGGGGGCUAUUGGAAGGAGAGGUAGGGGGAGGGGGUAGUAUCCAUGGAUAAAUAGCAUAAGUCAUACAUUGACUCCAUACCGAAUUUCAUGAAGAUCCCUUUAGCUGAUGUUGAGUAAUUCAACGUCAAAAUAGUAUUUUUUCGAAAGGAUAAAGGUGUUUUUACAAGGACUCCCGGUGAAUAUCGUCCUGGAUCUCGGUAGUUUUUCAUCCUACACCACUACCUAUAAAAUUCGUCUAGACCCAUCUGUGGUCGCCACAUAGACCAACUCCCAUACACUUUUGCCCAAUGUACUUUAAAUCGAAGUAUGAGAAAGUAGCUUCAAAUUUCAGGCAACUUGCCAGGGGCUAGUCUCCAAUGAUUGCCAGUGAUUUUUUUUUGGUUCUGCCCAGAGCUUUCGAUCCUGAUGGGGAUGUCUUUUUGACAUAUUAUAAAGGUCGUUUUUGGACAAUUUUUAAACUCACUCAACUAAAUUGUGUUUCCAGAGUCUUUCUCAGGGAUCGUGUGGUUCUUGGGGUUUCAGAUCAUCACCAUAAAGAUGUCAGUCUGGGACGGCUUUUCCUAUUGGAGAAUUUUUCUCACUAUUUUUGAACUUUUUCGGUGUUUUUUUUUUUCUUUUCUGGGAAAAAGCAACUUUUUGUGGCGGUUGGUCUUUGCCUUUGAAUCUAACUGAAUUCUGGUUUCUUUUCUUUCUUUUAAAUUUGCGCAAACCGUUUUUAUUCACUGACAAUCACCGGAGAUAUCCCUCUGAAAUCAAUUACGCCAGUUCAUCGUUGAGAGAAAUACAAAUGAACUUUUGCAGUAUUGCUUGCUUAAUGGCAAAAAUUUGUAUAAAUUUCAAUGGAAUGCUGUUUAAUUUAUCAAUUCUAAGACCUCGAAAACAAUUAAAUAGUUUAGAAAAUUUUUGUUUUUUAUUCUAAACAUCAAAAAACUUUCUAACCUUAAAAGAAAUGUCUUUGGUUAGAAUUCGCAAAUUCUGAAAAAUAUAUAGAAAAUUUUACUUUUUACAAAAA